ACCAAUUUGGUACUUACCGCAUCAUGCUGUUUUGCAUCCAAGGAAACCUAAUGAGCCAAAGGUGGUGUUUAAUUGCGCCUGCAAGUCUGAAGGCGUCUCCCUGAACAAUCAGCUACUGCAGGGACCAGAGAACACAAGUUCGUUGAUAGGAGUGAUUCUCAGAUUCAGAGUUAACGGAGUGGCCGUAGCAGCUGAUAUCAAACGCAUGUUCCAUCAGGUGUUCGUGUCCCCGGAGGGCAGAGGUGCUCUGUGCUAUCUCUGGUGGCCAGGUGGAGAUUUUACAAAGGACCCGAAAACCUUCCAGAUGUUGGUUCAUAUCUUUGGAGCCACUUCGUCGCCCCGUGUUUGCGGUUACACAUUAAGGAGAACAGCUUUAGACAACAGCAAAACUUUGUCCUCGGAGACCAUUGGCGCAAUCCUGAGAGACUUUUAUGUUGAUGAUCUGCUCAAGUCCUUCAAAACCAGUGGUGAUGCAGUACAGAUUACAAAGGAGCUUCAAGAGCUACUUGCAAAAGGAGGAUUUCAGUUGACCAAGGUGAUGUCCAACGAGCGAGAAGUCCUAAACGCUUUCCCACCCGAGCAUCAUGCACCAGCCGUCAAGAAUUUGGAUCUCAAGCUAAACAGCCUGCCAAUGGAUGCAUCCCUAGGGAUUCAUUGGGAUGUGGAGGUGGACACUUUAAACUUGGUUGUUUGCGACAAACCUCAGCCAGAGACCCGGAAAGGCAUUCUGUCCUCUAUUGCCAUGAUAUAUGAUCCCCUGGGUAUGGCUGGUCCCAUACUUCUGCCUGGUAGGGAGAUAAACCAAGAGCUAUGUAGAAUGAAAUAUGGAUGGAAUGACAAGCUCCCAGAUGAGUUGGUGGUGAAGUGGAGGAAUUGGAAGAGUGGACUCGCAAGCCUUACAGGAUACAGCAUCCCCCGGUCCCUAACUCGUGGAGGCUUUGGAGAAGUAGAGAGAGCGGAGCUCCAUCACUUCGCAGACGCUUCGGAAGAACAUGGAUAUGGAACAGUAUCUUACCUGCGCUUCAUUAACAGAGAAGGAAACAUACACAAUAGUUUUGUGAUGGGCAAAUCACGGGUGAGGCCUCUAAGGAGUGGCAUCAGUGUUCCAAAGAUGGAGUUGACUGCUACAACCUUGUUGAUUAAGAUGAACAAGCUCAUCACGAAGGAGCUCGAAGGUCGCAUUGAGAUUCACAGCUUCACCUUCUGGACUGACUCUAUGAUCGUCUUGAGGUACAUAUUCAAUGAAACAAGAAGAUUUGUCUCCUUUGUUGCUAAUCGUGUUGCUGUGAUCAGGGAAGGAUCAAGGCCCUCGCAAUGGCGUCACGUCAGGUCAGAGUCUAACCCCGCUGAUUAUGCAUCGAGAGGAAUAAAGGCCUUCGAAACUGAGAAGUUGGAGAUGUGGAAACAUGGCCCAGGUUUCCUGUGGAAAGGCUCGCACGAGUGGCCACAGCAACCCACUGACCUCCAUGAAGAACUCUCAGCUUACGAUGAGGGAGUCAAGAAGGAAAGGGUCACUGUUACUGCGUGCGUUGAGAAAGAAGAUUUCUGGGAUGUUUUAUUUGAAAGAUGCGCCAUGUGGGAGAAGUUAAGAAGAGCAGUGGCCUGGCUAAUUCGAGCAGCGCACAUGCUGAUGCGACUGCUAACACGACCACCAGCGUCGCCUGCCUCAUUGGUGAAACUGGAGGAGAAGACAUCAUACCUUUCAUUGUCAGAAUUAGAAGAAGCAGAGAGAAGAAUCGUGAAGAAUGUUCAAAAUCAGGCCUUUCCUGCAGAGUUGUCCAGGCCAGAUGGAAGUAAAGGCCCUCUUGCCAAGUUGAAGCCAUUUGCGACAAAUGGCGUCUCGCGAGUUGGAGGAAGACUCAAUCGUGCAGACCUGGACUAUGAUGCUAAGCACCCGAUUAUAUUGCCUGGGAAACAUCGUGUUACAGAAAUGAUCAUCUUCCAUUACCACCUUGCGAACGGUCAUGUGGGUCCUCACCAACUACUAGCAGAGACGAGGCAGCGCUUCUGGAUAGUGAACGGCAUUUCAUCCAUCAGAGGUGUCUUACGGCGAUGCCAUUAAUGUAAACGCCAGAAUGCCAGAGUUGGAGAACAGAUUACGGCACCUCUUCCGGCAGUAAGAGUUUCGUCAGAGAGCCACCAAUUGAUCUGCCCAUUUGCUGCCGUGGGUGUAGAUUAUUUUGGACCGCUCUACGUUCACACUGGACCCCUUACAAGAUCAACAAGAAAGAAUCCUAAGCUCCACAAGCGCUAUGGUUGUAUUUUCACCUGCCUCAGGUACAGAGCUGUCCACAUCGAGAUCGCAAGUGACCUGUCAACAGACAGUUUUAUUAAUGCAGUCACAAGAUUUAUUGCGAGACGAGGUCCUCCCAGAAUGAUCUACAGUGACAAUGGCUCCAACUUUAUAGGAGCAGAGACUGACGUUGUGAAAGCAUUAAAGACUUGGGACCAAGGAAGAGUUGGAAGCGAGCUGCUUCGAAAGAAUAUUCAGUGGUAUUUUAAUCCACCUCUAGCUAGCCACCUGGGAGGUGUUUGGGAGCGGCUGAUUUGCUCUGCCCGAAGAAUCCUCCAUGCCAUGAUAGGUGAACAGCUUGUUAACGAGGAGACCUUGACGACCUUCCUGGUAGAAGUAGAAAAGAUCCUUAACAGCAGACCAAUCACCCGAGUGUCAAGUGACCCCAACGAUUUGGAAGCCUUGACCCCUAACCACAUUCUGCUAUUACGUCAGAAUCCGUGUUCAGCGCCUAGUUAAUUAGAAGAUGCUGACAAGUUCCGAGCACGAUGGAAACAUGUGCACGUUUUGGCCAACGAGUUUUGGGCACGCUGGGUUAAAGAGUAUCUCCCCAUGUUGCAGGAACGCCAGAAGUGGCUUAAGCAAAGGCCAAAUUUCCGAGCCGGAGACUUGGUCAUUUUGAAGGAUGCGAAUGUUCCUCGAGGCCAGUGGCCUAAAGCAUUAGUUCAGGAAACCUUCCCCGACUCUGAUGGUGUGGUACGACAAGUUCUGGUGAGAAGUGCAACUGGUGUCUUCAGAAGAGAUGUUCGUAAACUCUGCCUUCUGGAAGAAGAGUUACUGAAGUCUAUUGAGGAGUCCAUGGAGAAGAACAAAACCUGAACUUGUGACAUUAGUCAUUGGACUACUAAAGUAAAGUUCUCUAGAGAACUGUGAAUGUAGAUUUGCCACAUAGUUCCUGUUGUCAUUCUAAGUGAAUGCCUUAAGACUACCGGGGUAGUCUUUGGG